AUGCUUCGAGCACUUACCUAUAUCGGGUUCUCGCUGCUGCCACAUGCAGUGUGUGCAGGCGGCCUCGCAACGAUCUUCUCCAAGGCGCUCUUUGUCCAGCUGUUUCCUCAGGCGCUGCCCGUGUACCAGUACGAGAACCUCGUGCUCAUGGCGGGCACGUACCCGGCGUUCGCCAACACUGGCAACAACGACGUCGACAAGCGGGAAGUUGCUGCCUUUCUCGGGCAAGUCGCCUUGGAGACAGGGUAUCUGCAGUACGCCGAGGAGAUCGCCAAGAACGACUACUGCCAAGCGUCCGCCGAGUAUCCGUGCUACCCAGGGAAGCAAUAUUACGGUCGCGGUGCCAUCCAGCUCUCAUGGAACUACAACUACAAAGACUUUGGGGCGGCUGUCGGACUCGAUCUCGUGCGCCAGCCAGAGCUCGUCGCUACCGACAAGAACCUCGUGUGGCGCAGCGCGCUCUGGUACUGGAACACGGACAAGUGGAAUGGCAACAUCCACAACGUGGUCGGCCAGCCGGGUGGCUUUGCCUACACGACGUAUCUCAUCAACGGCGGCCUCGAGUGCGGUCUCAACCCGCCCAAUAAGAACUCGGAGAAGGCGCGUAUCGCCAACUACGUCAAGUUUUGCUCGGUGCUUGGAGUCUCACCCGGUGACAACCUCUCUUGCCAGACUAGCGCGUACCCGCCCAAGACACCGUGGCCAACGGCAGUGCCAACACCCAAGCCGACGUCGGAUCCCUCGAUAGUGCCAGCCCCAGCUCCGACGACGCCAUCGCCGACUUCAACAUCUACAGCACCCACACCGACGCCACCAGCACCCACACCAACGCCACCAGCACCAACUGCCACGACGCGCCCGCCAUCGUCCGUUUGUUCAACACCCACUGGGGUCUGCACCAACUGCAACUACAACGAUGGCGCGAUUGCAGCCUGCUUUGCGGGGUGGACGCAGUCGAUUUGUGCGAGUGCGGGGGCCAACUACCACUGGUGCGGCCCCGCAUGA